AUGUCAGUUCCGGUUGGCAAGCUCCUCACGUCACUGAUAUCUGUGCUAUCGAUCUCGAUCGUAACAAAUAUCCUUAAGCAGCUAUUCUAUCGAGAUCCGCACAGACCGCCAGUCGUAUGGCACUGGAUUCCCUUGAUUGGGAGCACCGUAGAAUACGGACAGGAUCCGUACAGGUUCUUCUUCAGGUGCAGGGAGAAAUACGGUGAUGUCUUCACAUUUGGGCUGCUUGGAAUGAAAGUCACGGUCUACCUGGGAGCCAAAGGAAACAAUUUCAUCCUCAACGGCAAGCUGAAGGAUCUCAACGCGGAGGAAGUCUACGGGCCACUGACGGUACCUGUCUUCGGCGCGGGUGUCGUCUACGAUGUCGAUAACGCGCGCUUCAUGGACCAGAAGCGGUUGCUGAAAGAAGGCUUCACAAGCCCGAGUCUCCGUGCUUACGUGCCGCAAUUUGUGAGAGAAGUCGAGCAGUACGUCGACAGCAACCCGGCUUUCCAAGGCGAGGGUGGCAUAUGCGAUAUCUCUACAGUGAUUUCCGAGAUGUCCUUGUACGCCGCGGCAGGCUCCUUGCAAGGUAGAGAGGUCAGGGACGCGUUCGAUUCAUCGUUCGCCACAUACUACCGUCAUCUCGAUGACGGCUUCGCACCUGUCAACUUCAUGUUUCCGUGGUUGCCAACACCAGUCAACCGGCGACGGGAUCGUGCUCAGAAGACGAUGGCGAAGCUGUACGUGGACAUUAUCCGAAAGCGACGAUCGAAUGGCAACCAGGAUAAGAACGAAGACAUGCUUUGGGCACUGAUGGACGCCCGAUACAAGAACGGUACCCAGAUUCCCGACGGGGAAAUCGCGAAUCUGAUGAUAGCGUUGCUUAUGGGUGGCCAGCAUAAUACCGCAGCAUCAGGAACUUGGAUUAUGCUCCACCUGGCUCACCGCCCUCAUCUCAUCGAGGAGUUAUACCAGGAACAGCUGAAAACACUCGGCGGGAAGGCGCCGACUCACGAGACCUUGCAACAAAUGACACUCCACAACAAUGUCAUCAAGGAGACGCUCCGUCUUCAUAGCCCAAUUCACUCGAUCAUGCGCAAGGUCAAACAACCGAUGCAGAUUCCAGAGACAGACAUCGUUGUUCCGGCGGAACAUAUUCUCCUCGCAGCCCCUGGCGUUCCUGCUCGCAGCGAAGAGUUUUUUCCGAAUGCAAUGGCAUGGGAUCCCCAUCGCUGGAACAAACCUUCGACUGAAAGCCCGCAAGGAGAGGACGAAACGACCGACUACGGGUAUGGAGCCGUGUCGUCCAAGGCCGUGUACAGCCCAUACCUACCGUUUGGUGCAGGUCGUCACCGGUGCGUCGGAGAGACCUUUGCGUAUGCGCAGCUGGGAGCGAUUCUUGCUACUCUGGUGAGGCUUUUGCAAUGGGAACAAGUCGAUCCGAAGGCGCCUGUGCCUGCAACCGACUAUUCUGUGAGUCCUUCUCAACCUUGA